UCUUUCUUCUUUGACAGCUGUGGCAACUGUGUCCGUUGAAAUUCCAUGGCCUACGUCCUGUUAAAACUAAUAAUGCAUGAGGCUGUCGGCAGCAUAAGAACAGUGAGAGAGGCCUCCAUAGCUGUUUCUUAUUCUUCUACUUUCUUCAUUGAAGUUGAAAAUCCAAAACAUGAGCAACGAAGAACUGUCUUAUGACUUUUCUCCAAUGAUCAAAGUAUACAAAGACGGUCGAGUCGAGAGACUCCUAGGCACAGCCACAGUUCCUCCAUCAACACAACCCGAAACCGGAGUGCAAUCCAAAGACAUUGUCAUCUCCCAACAACCAGCAAUAUCUGUAAGGCUCUACAUCCCCAAAUCCGCUGCCACCAAACUCCCUCUUCUUGUUUACUUUCACGGCGGUGGCUUCUGCAUCCAAAGCGCCUCCUCCCCCACGUAUCACAACUACCUUAAUUCCUUAGUCUCCGAGGUCAAUGUUGUUGCCGUCUCUGUUGAGUACAGGCUUGCCCCGGAGCACCCAAUCCCAGCUGCCUACGACGAUUCAUGGGCUGCUCUCAAAUGGGUGGCUUCCCAUUUUGAUGGAAAGCGAAAAGGCGGUGAAGAAGAAGAUGAAGAUUGGAUAACUAGCUAUGCGGAUUCGCAGCGCGUGUUCUUCAUGAGUUAGCCUAUGAGGUCUGUCCAAAGAUCGAGCUCGGAAGGGAUUGAAGAAUUUACAGAGUUGAAUGAAAGAUCAAGGUACCGGAGCUCCAUGAGUUAGCCUAUAGAGGGUGGAAUUUUCCCUCCCAGAGAAUUCACACUCAGGUCAAUAAAUUGAAGACCAUAAAUUAUACAUAUACUUCACAACGUAAAAAUACUGUUCAUAACAGUGAACUACCGAAAUUUUCCUCCAAUUACUCUUUGGAGCUCUAUUUUUUCCGUUUCUAUACAGCGAAGUGGCGGAUUUACCCUUUUUGGCCACGCGUUUCAUUUGUGCUGUUCAGCCUUCCCAUUCUCUUCCCUCAUCGGUACCCACGUGUCCGUUAGCUUCUAAGCAAUGUCGACAUGUUAAUCUGAUUCCAACAGUUAUCCACCCGCUCUUUUCGUUUUUGGUGGGGAAGGUGCUCGACGGCUCUUCCAUUUUCUUCCGUCACUUUUCCUUUUCUCUUCCUCUGUUUUUGUGUGCUUUUCUCCCUGCAUCAAUCCUAGGUGUUUCCCUGCUUCUCUCCACCUCCUCCUCCGCCCAAGAACCACUAGUCAGUCUGGUUUCUCUGGCUUUUUCAGAUGGUGCCCAAGAUUUCGUCAUGGAGGUCAUGAAUGAUGAAUGAUGAAUGAUGAAUCAGUAGCUUUAUUAUGAGAUUUGAUGACAAAGAUGAAAUCUUUGAGCUUGCUUUUUAUUUAUAUUUUUUUGGGUAGUAUUGAUGUGAUAUCAGUAGCUUUCUGAUGAGAUUUGAUGACAAAGAUGAAAUCUUUGAGCAGCGUGGGGGUUAAGUGUGGUUUUUCGAUGCUUUUUUUUAGCUUUGAUUGCAGAGCUUUACCAUUUACUGUGGUGGACAAAGAGGUUUACCAACAGAGAGAUUGAGGAAAUAAAAUGUUUAUGCAUAUUAUUAUGAAUUUUAAUAUAUUUUCAUUUAUUAAAAAUAGAGAUUAAUUGUAAAUAUAAUACCUACAAUAUUUAACAUAGCUUUUUUCCCAAUGUUAUUUUCCAACGCCUAACGUUUGCUUUUGUUUAUGCGCUUGAUUGAAGUGUUAUUUCAUUUUUUAACGCUUUUAAUUGAUUCAUGUUUAUGUUUGAAUCAGUAAAGAAACGUUGCUAAUGUUGUACCUGUGACAAUGCAACGUUGAUAUGCUUUUGUGCUAAUUUGGCUUCAGUUAUUUGUUUCUGCUGCUGAUCGGCUGUCAUCACACUAUAAACUUGGUUGCAUGGCAAGUUGGAAAUGCACAAAAAUUUGACUGCGUCUUAUAGAAUUGCAAGAGAAGGUCAUCUCCAUUUCGUGCAAAAUCAGACUUAUUUCUGCACACAAAAACACUAGGUAAACACUCUUUAUCCUUAGUUUGUUCAUGAUAUAAUUCUACUAUAUAAAUUUAUUUCACUUUUUUUCCCCUUGCCUGGGAUGCUUCCUUAAUGACCAACAUAGCAAAGGACAACUUUUAGUGUUGCAGUAAACAACAUUUCCCAUUAAUAUUUUUGGACAGGAA